AUGCGAUUCGCACUAUCGAACCUGGCUCGAAGCGCGUGUCAGGCGAGAGGGCGCGGCUUCUCAUGUGGACGGGCUCCAGUGGACGGGCUCCAGGCGCUGUCGCAGCUGGUGGACUGGGAGGCAAAGGGUCUCCCACCAUCUUGUGGAACAGAUACCGACGACGGUUUCAGUCUCGGCCCGACGAAGGCGUUGCUUGCGCGGCUCGGAUCGCCUCACGAGAACCUGAAGGUCAUCCAGGUUGCAGGGACGAAGGGCAAGGGUUCGGUAGGAUGGGCGCUGGCCGCCAUGCUCAGAAGAGCAGGAUUGCGGGUAGGGCUGUACUCGUCACCACAUCUACUGUCCCCGAGGGAGCGUUUCAGAGUGACUACCGCCUCUGCGGACCCAUCGGCGCCGAUGGCAACAGAAAUCGACGAAGCAACAAUUAACGAUCUAGUUCACAAUUGUAUGUCGGCCAUUCAUGGCUGCCAGCGCGAGCAUCCUCGUCUCUCCUUGUUCGAGGUGUACACGGCGCUCGCGUUCAAGUACUUUGAACAGGUCGGAGUCGACUGCGCGAUCAUGGAGGCAGGCGUUGGCGGUGCCCGUGACGCCACGAAUGUGUGUUCGGCAAAUAACUCGAUACUGUCGGUGUUGACCCACAUUGGCCUCGAGCACGUGGACGCCCUAGGGGGCAGCCUGGAGUCGAUCACGCGCGCCAAAGCCCGGAUCUGCAAGCCGGGACGGACCCUGGUGCUGGGACCUCAGAGCAACCCGGUCGUCCUCGACAUUGUUGAAGAAGAGGCCCAGCUGUGCGGCAGCCCCGUGGUCUUUGCUGACAGGGCGUUCGACCUGCGUUGCGAGCACGUCACGCUGCCCGAACACACAGGGGAGGUGCAAGCUGUGCGCGCGUGCCGCGUCUACAGCUCCUCAGGCGUGGUUCGCGACAGCACCAUCCACCUUGGCAUGCAUGGAGCCUUCCAGCGCGACAACAUCCUGACAGCCGUGGCAGCGCUCGACGUGCUUGUGUCCGAUGACCAUCUCGACCUCCCGACGACAUCCAGUAUCAUCGACGGUCUCCAUAUCCCGGCUUUCGAGGGGAGGUUUCAGCUCUUCAAGUUGCCCGCGCCUCCAAAGCAGUCGCAGGACGUGUGGAUCGCUGUGGACGGCGCGCACACUCCCGACGCUGCAGAAGCGCUGGUUGCAAGUAUGCAGGAGAUGCUCCCAGCUGCUCCGGUGACCCUGGUCGCCGCCAUGGCGUCUGACAAGGACAUCCAGUCUUUCAUGACCGCGAUGCGGAAGCUCAACCCGGUCGCCGCGUUCUUCACGACGGUGAACAUCGCGGGGUCGAUGGAUCGCUCCGCGACGCCUGGCCAGCUUCUCGCGUCCUGGCAGACGGCCCCGGGUGGGUCGCGACGGUGUAGGGAGCAAGUGGUUGCCAGUCUCGACGUUGCCGUGGACCGGGCGUUGCGGGAACUCGGCGCAGGAGGGUCGGGCGUCUGCCUCAUCACUGGGUCCCUGCACGCAGCGGCACAGGCUCUGAAGCGGGUUGUGCCGCGGCUGCUGAAGCAGCAAUGA